GAUCUCGCGAGAGACAGGGGGCGGAUUCCGGGUGCUCCCGCGCCGCGACCCUGGAGUCCCGGGCGUCUGGUGCCCCACUCGCGCGUCGUCAGAGGUCAAUAAAAGUUGAAAGGCAGAUGUUUUCCAGAUAGCUUGACUGUUCCCGUAUCAGUCAUAGGAGGAGGCACUUAAAGCCAUUGCAAAGUUCCUGAAGGAGGAAGGUACUUGUCUAAGGUCACACGGCUCCUCCGUGGCAGAACUAGGACUUUUCUGAAGUCGCGGAUCUUAAGAAGAUCCCUUUCUGGAAGCCGUGUGUUAACAGCCUCGGCACCUGCCAGCAUACCUGAAACAUCAAACAAAUGAUACAUGUUCAACAUAGGACAAAGAAAUCCUAGAAAACAUAAUGAACUAUCUGAGGGAUAGACACACUUGAAGCUCUGACUCAGAGGCAGGGUCUCAUGAUGUUGUUGCCCAGGCUGGUCUCCAACUCCUGGCCUCGAGCCAUCCUCCCGAGCACCUGGGGUGCAGGUGCAAGCCACGGAGCUGGCACAACGGCCUCCUUGACAGGAACCCGUGGGCUCUCUCUGAGAAGCCGCAGGCGUGGCCAUUUCCUCUGAAGAGCCAGGCCGUUGUUACAGGAAAUAACUCUGCUCAUUUUCCCCGCCUCCCUCCUGAUGUCACGGUCUUCAGAAAGAGGAUCUGCAUCUGGAAAUCAGAAUAAAAAUAAAUAGACAGGGAAGCAGCGCGUGGUGCGUGUGGCCUCUGGCGUGUGGAGUCCUGUCCAGGCGUUGGGUAGAAGAGGCUGCCCUUGGUCGCUGCCGGCCGGCGCGCUGGGCAGGGCCUUCUCUCGCCGCCGUCAUCUCCCAGGAGCAGCCUGUGUCCAGGGGGCAGAAGAUGCCUCACUCCAGCCUGCAUCCGUCUAUUCCGCGUCCCAGGCGUGAUGGGGCCCGGAUGGCAGCCUUUGUCCUGCUGAUUGUCUGCCUGGCAGCCCUUUGCAGCCCAGGGCUACAGCAACACAUUUUCCAGCACCUGCUGCUCCACGUGGCCUCCCUGCAGAUGGCAUGGCUCUUGACUAGGGUCUGCAUUCUGAUGGAGGAGCUGUGUCACGUCCAUUCCAGGUACCAAGGCAGCUACUGGAAGGCUGUGGAGUCCUGCCUGGAAUGCCCCAUCCGCCGUGGGGCUCUGCUGCUGCUGUCCUGUUAUUUCUACUUCUCCCUCCCAAAUGAGACUGGCCUGCCCAUCCCUUGCGUGCUUGCCAUCAUGGGCAUCUCAGAGGCCAUGAACAUCAUCCUGGGCCUUCACGUAAGACAGAGGGAGCUGGAGGGGUCUGGCCAAGCAGAGGCUAUGGCUGGUGCGACCUGCUUUGAGCACAGUACUGUGAGUCGUUUAAAGGUUGGAAUCCUUGAAGUAUGGCCUAUAAUAUCCUGGAAUAUGGCCUAUAAUGUCCUGGAACAGUGGGUUCAGCAGUGGCAGAGAAGGGAGCAAAUUGGCAGCAGAUUGGGAAAUCUUGGAGGAGGAGGGCUUGGGUGUCCUUCAUGGAGAUCCCCAAUGCCAUCCUGCUGUCCACAGAAGCCGGCCCCAGCUGAGGUCUCUGCAAUCUGUGAAAAAAAGAACUUCAACGUGGCCCAUGGGCUGGCAUGGUCGUACUACAUCGGGUACCUGCGGCUUAUCCUGCCAGGGCUCCAGGCCCGGAUCAGAGCUUACAAUCAGCUCCACAACAACAUGCUACGAGGCGCAGGGAGCCGGCGGCUGUACAUCCUCUUCCCACUGGAUUGCGGGGUGCCUGAUGACCUGAGUGUGGUCGACCCGAACAUUCGCUUCCUUCACGUGCUGCCCCAGCAUAGCGCUGACCGUGCCGGCGUCAAGGGUCGGGUUUACACCAACAGCGUCUAUGAGAUUCUGGAGAACGGGCAGCCGGCAGGCACCUGUGUCUUGGAGUAUGCCACUCCCUUGCAGACCUUGUUCGCCAUGUCACAAGAUAGCCGGGCUGCCUUUAACCGGGAGAAUCGGCUUGAGCAGGCCAAACUCUUCUGCCGGACACUCGAGGACAUCCUGGCAGAAGCCCCGGAGUGUCAGAACAAUUGCCGCCUCAUUGUCUACCAGGAGAGAAGCGGCUUCUUGCUGUCCCAGGAAAUUCUCCAGCACUUGCGGCAGGAGGAAAAGGAGGAGGUUGCUGUGGGCAGUGCGGGGACCUCAGUGGUGCCCAGCUCCACCAUGCUGUCCCAAGAUCCUGAGCUCCUCAUCAGCGGUAUGGAGCAGCCUCUCCCUCUCCGCACAGAUAUCUUCUGAGACCCAGGUCACCUUGCCUGAACCUCCCAGACUUGGAGCCUCACCUCCAAGACUCCGGACUGGGGGCUUUCUCCAGCGGCUGGGCACCUGGCAGAGCCAUCUCCUCCCACUGGGGCCCAUGCAGAGAAGGCCUGGCCUUGGCAUCUCAAGAGGAGCCCAUAUCCUCGGGCAAGUCGUUUCACCCCUCCGAGCCUCAGCGUCCUCAGUCUGUGAGCCGAGAUUAUGACCACUGCCCCACCUACCUCGAGGCGCUGCUGUGAGGACUGUCAGCGCGUGGGAGUUUUCCAGACUUUAAGCAUCUGGUGACUUAGGGAUGUGCCAGGCAUCCACUGAGCCCUCCAGACCUCCUCUCCACCCUUCUCCACCUCCCCUGCCCUGGACGCUGACAGUCUGGACGGCAUCAGCACGCUCCCCGGCCCUCCGGCCUCUGUUCACGUGGGUGAAUGGGGAGCCCCCGCAGGAGAACGGGGAAGGAGCGGGUAUGAGGUGGGCUAGUCAUUCCCCCAGCUCGCCCCCCUGCAGUAUCAAGGACACUAUGGGCCCUCCUGCCCGGCAACCUCCCAGCACCCCUGUCCGUCUCCAGGUUUCUGGAAUUGCUUCCUCCCCAUGCCCUUUCAAGCCUAUUGGUGUAUUGGGUCCCUACUGGGCUACUCACUGUCACUUGUGGUUUCCUUAUCCCCGGCCCUUGCUCAAUAGUCCCUUUUAAAUACACUCCCCAGAUUACCCAA